UAAGCAAUGAAAUGUUCAGAUAAAGAAAGCAAUCCUCAAGCAGAGGAGAAUGUAUUUGACAAUAUUAUGGAAAAAAGGUUCCAUGCAUUUCAGGAGAUGACUGGAAUGAAUAAAAAUUUUCAUUUUGAUACAUCAGAGUCUUCAGAAUCAGAGGAGAGCAUGAAUGGUUCCGAAUAUGAUUUGAAGAAAUGGUCAGAAAUUAGUGCGAGAAUCGACUUAAGCUCAGAAUCUGAAAUUGACAGUUCUUGUGAUGAAAUUGAAUGUUUGAACAAUGACAAAAGCUGCAUGACGAGCUCAAGUAAUUUUAAACAAAUAUGCCGAGAUACUGACAAAUGUUUAUCUGCAAAUGACAAAGUUUCCAAUACUGACACCAACAAUGACAAAAUAAUGCAUCCUCCGACAAGGAAACGCCUUCUCGAAAAUUGGUUGAAAAAACUUACAGAAAAUAAGAAAAAUAUUAAGGAUAACAAAAAGGAAGAAACUUCAAAAGUUGCAGAAAUCGUUAAACCAUUGCCGGAAGAAAACUGCUGUCAAAUAUGUAAUAAAGUAUCUAAAAAUCGAGAUGCGCUUAGACGCCACAUGAAAAUACAUAAUCUAAAAUAUUCCUGCCCUGUAUUGAAAUGUCAGAGAAAAUUUUGUAACAAGAGAUGGCUUGAAAAGCACUCGGAAAAACAUACAGAUCUAACUCGAAGUAUAGUUUGUUAUAAAUGUGACAUGAGAAAAGUCAAUCAUCAUUUACGCAACGUCAUAAUUAUUCGUGUUUGUUUUAAUAAAUGUUUAAAUGUUUUAAUUCAAAAUGUAUUCAUCACAACAUGUGAGUAUUUGAUAAAAAAAUAUUCAUUCGAUCCUGUGGAAGAAAAUCAGGGUUUCUUCAACACCAUCACUUCUAUAUCGGGUUCAGCGAUAGAAUCUCUAGAAGAGUCGCAAAUUCCAGAUAAUGUCGAUCUCAGUAUAAACAAAGAACUUCCCAUUUACAAAUAUCGUGAAGAAAUUAUUAAAAGCUUGAACGACCACAAAUGCAUCAUAAUUACUGGUUCAACAGGUUGUGGAAAAACAACACAAAUCCCUAAAAUCAUCGUUGAAAAUGCAGUCAAAGAGAAGAAAUCUUUCAAAAUUUUAAUUUCCCAACCACGCAAAAUUGCAGCAAUCACAAAUGCCACACGAGUUGCAUUAGAAAUGAAAUCUCGAAUUGGGAAUCUUGUUGGAUUUCAAUUUGCUUUGCAUCGUGCACUUAACAAUUCUGGUGAGAAGACGAAAAUAAUUUAUUGCACCACCGGAGUCAUCUUACAGAAGCUUAUCAAAGGACAAUCAAUGCGAUCGUAUUCGCACAUUAUUCUGGAUGAGAUACACGAACGUGACAUCGAAAUGGAUUUGCUUUUAAUUCUCGUUCGUGAAUAUCUUUCAACAAACUCACCUGACACAAAAGUCGUUCUCAUGAGUGCAACAAUGAAUGCAAAUCACUUCGCAAAUUACUUUGAGAAACUUGAUAUUAAAACGAAGAUCGUUGACAUGGAAAUCGAACGAAAUUUUACGAUUCGAAAGAAGUUUUUAGAUGAAUUAAUGCUUCCGAAAGUGCCGAAGGUUGAUUACAGUAAACCUUUGAUUUCUGAAGAGAUGAUGAAAGUCGCUGCUGAUAUCAUCUUCUGGCACGUUCAAAAAGACGACAAAUCAUCGAUUCUUGUCUUCCUUCCCGGAUUUUACGAAAUUGAAGCUUUUGAAUUUGCAUUGAUGUGUAAGUUUGAUGUCAAACAACAUUACCAAGUCAUCAUUAUGCAUUCAGCAGUGUCAACAGAUGCACAACGAGCUGCUUUUAAACGUGAUGACGUCCCAAAGAUCAUAUUAAGUACAAACAUCGCUGAAAACAGCGUAACAAUUCCAAAAGUCAACGUUGUCAUUGAUUUUUGUUUAACUAAGUAUCUCGUCGUUUGUUCCGAGUCAAGUUUAACUUCACUUCAACUCAAUUGGUGUUCAAAAAUGAAUUGUGAACAAAGAGCGGGACGUACGGGAAGAGUUUGUGAUGGUGUCGUUUAUCAUCUUGUUGAACGUUCUUUUUAUCUCGAUGAAAUGGAUGAUUACAUGAGCCCCGAGAUGAAACGUGCACCACUUGAACGUGUCAUUUUAAAAACGAAACUUUUAACGAAUCAAGCGCCGUUGGAUUUUCUUUCAUUAGCACUCGACCCGCCAGACAUUCCAAACAUUCAAAAUUCAAUUCUACUGCUUAAGGAAAUUGGCGCUUUAUAUCGAAAUCAUGCAGAUACUGGUGAAUUUGGAUUCAAUGACGGUGACUUGACAUUCCUUGGUCGAAUCAUUGCGACUUUACCAUGCAAUAUUCACAUCGGGAAAUUCAUCAUUCUCGGCUACAUGUUCUCAGUUUUCCAUGAAGCUGUGAUCAUCGGUGCUGGUUUAAACAUCAAUGGAUCAAUCUUUAAAUUUGAUUAUAAGAAACGUUUGGAUUCAUACAGUAGUCAAUUGAGUUGGAGUAAUGGAUCAGGUUCGGAUCUUAUUGCGAUUCUUAAUGCUUAUCAAUUAUGGCAGAAAAACAUCAAAGAAGGAAAUUUCAAGAGUGCAGUGAGAGAACAAGAAUGGUACGAUAAAUUCGGUCUUGAUAAGAAGAAUUUAUUUGAAGUGAAAGAAUUGGUUUGGGAGAUAAAAAGUCGAUUGGAAAAUUACAGAAUCAAACAAGUCCGAAGUGACAAUUUUAAGCCGAUUAUUGAAGAGAAAGAAAAACCUUUUCUAUUGAAGAUUUGCGCAGCUGGUGCUUGGUUGCCAUAUUUUUAUCUUUUGUCAUCAAAUGACAUGACAGAAGCUUUAAUUUAUCGUGAAAUUGAUAACUUAGAUGUUCAUCGAACGAUUUAUUUUAAAGACGUUGAACGAAAAUAUUCGAGACUUUACGAUGACGUUUUAAAGCAAUCAUUAAUUGAACGGGGAAUAUGUGAGAAGUUCAACGACAUGCGGGUUAAUUAUAAUGAGAAUUUGGGAAGAAUUUAUGUGACUUUUCUUCGUGAAGAAUCGUUAAAUGACAGACGCGAUGAUCGUGGAAUUAUGUUGGUCGAUGGAAAAGUUUUGCCGGAAGUUUAUGUCGCUGUUAAAUACAAAGAAUUGGCACGAAAUAUUUUUACACUUCAUGUCAUGGAUCAUGAUUCGAUGAAUAAUUACGCGAAACAAUUUAAAUAUUCAACGAAUCUCGAUUGUUCGUCCAUGUCAACAGCAAGCAGUUGUGUCGCUGGUCUUCAUGAAGUUGAAGGCAAAGUCACUCACGUUGUUCAUUGUGGAAAGUUUUUCUUUCAACCAAUCGGCAAAAAAUAUGACAAUGAAAAGCGUGUAAUGGAAUUUAAGAUCAAAACUGCAAUGAAAUGUCAAAAUGUUUCAAUCAGUGAUGAACUUGAACUAACACACGAUGACAAUGUUGUGAUUCGAUUAAAUGACGACACUUUUCAUCGAGGAAUUGUCGUGAAAGCAUCGAAAGACGAAGCAAUUAAAUUUAAUUUCAUUGACUUGGGAAAUAUCACGAGCGACGUGCCAUUAAUUAAUGUUUAUCCCGCACCAAAAGCAUUGAAAGAAGUUUUUGAGAUUCCACCGAGAUGUUUCGAAUGUAAAUUGUCAGAAAUCGCACCACAUUACAUGACAUGUCCACAAGGUGUUUGGACAACAGAAGCCAUUACUCAUUUUCGAUCUUUAAUUAAAAGUGACAAACAUGCAAAGAUUGAAAUAUUUUCUGUUGUUAAUGAAGUUGUCACUUGUACACUUUUCAAUGAACUCGAUGUUAAUGUGAAUAAGUCGCUGGUCGAUAACAAGUUUGCAAUACAAAUAACUGAAGAUUACAACAGUCGAAUGGAUAAUUUCGAACGAACAUCAUUGAUUUCCACGUCAACAUCUCAAAUUGAUGGAGAAGCAACGGUCGUAAAUGAUAUUUCCAUAUUCACAUCAUUCGAAAACACGAAAAAAUCGUCUUCAAGUCGUUUGAUUCCACCUCGUGGAAUGUCGAACAUGACGAUGAAUCUUUCAGGUCCACAUUCACCUUUAGAAACUGAACUUGUUAGUUUGUCAGCAAAGGCACAAAAAUCAAUAAAAAUCGACUUCCAUUCCAUCAAUUCUGUUGUCUUAAAUGGCGACAUUAAUAAAACUUCAAGUCGUCUCUUCAUUGCUUCUCAUGUCGUUAAGAAUCGAAGAGAUGGAAUAACUUUACGGGAAAUUACAAUGUUGCCAAACUUACCAGGACUUCCUGAGAUUCUCGCAAUGAUUUUCUGCCCUAAAAUGGCUUUAAGACGAAGCCGAGACAAGACACACUUUGACACGCUGUUGACAGGUUUGGGAUGUGAAACUAAUGGAUGUGCUUUGUUUCCAAUACGUGAUGCGAUUUUAAAUGUCAAUGUAAAGUUCACAGAUAACGACAUGGCGAAUAUAAAUCAUUUGCGUCACUGCAUGUCAAUGUUGAUGUACACGAAACCGAAUCUCGACUUUCCAGAUUUAAAUGAAAAGCAGAAAUAUGAUUUGCAGUUCAAGAUCAAAAAUUUAAUAUCUGAUAUCUUAGAUGCAUCUCGUGAUGUUGUGUUGAAAUCAUCACAUCUACGACCAAUGAAGCAUUCGUGGGUUGCUGAAGAUGAUGAAGAAGACUUCAUUAGACGAACAACUCCUUUAGGUGAUCGAGCACUUUACCCUUUACAUUCUUACCAGAAACUUCUUCCAACGAAUAACAAUAAAGAAUUUGACAAUCAAAUGGAACUCAGCAGUGGAAGAUUCAUUCAAAAAACUUCAAGUGGACAAUCUUAUCCUUUAAAGAAGUUCUGCAAACUGUGCAACAUUCUCGUGAGCAACGAUCAGGAAAUAAAAAGUCAUUUAGCCGAUCCAAUGCAUCAGAAGCUACAGAAAGAAUUUUCUUUAAAAAAUCGUGCCCGAUCUUAAGUGUCAAGGUCUUGUUAUUUCUUUUAUUUUACUUUUUUUGUUCUUUGUCAUCGUUUUAUUAUGUCGGUUUUUAACUCAAUCCGUGCAUUAGCAUAUUUAAUUCAUCAUUAUAUUCGUUUGCAAUCAUCAUAAACAUUUCUGAUUCCUUUUUGACUUUUAUAGAAUUAAAUGUGUGAUAAAUAAAUUAAGCAUCAACGGAAGAACUUUGCAAGACUUUAAAGUAAUAAUUUUUAAGCUUUAAAUAAAUGAUUUUAUGAGAAAAAGAAUUUUAUGACUUUCAUAAGAGAAAAUUCGUCAAGUCGUCUGUCAAAUUAAUUUGAUAAAAAAAACUUUUCGCAUGUUUACUUUAACUUGAUAGUCAGAUUGAAUUAAAAAAGACUUGAAAACAGCACAUUGAAGCGAUGAAUAAAAAUCAAACCUGAAAAGAUUAAUUAGAACAAUUUUUAACUUUUAUUUAUAGUC